UGACGUUGACCAACCGGGUUCUGCUUGGCAACCAAUCCUCCAUUCUUGUCUUGAAAAUAGCAACAGAGUGUGGGGUAAACGUAGCAGAAACACACUGAAAUUGGAUAAAAUCGUGUUUUUUUCAAGUGAUAAACAUGUUGAGGAAGAUGUGGGAAAUAUUUAUCUCGACAAACGUGGAAGAUUAGAUGGAGAAAAACUGCAGUGGAAGGAACAUAACCGGAGGGAAGUAUCAUUAGUAUGACGACUCGGGUAAAUCAUAGAAUGAAUCCACCGGCAGCUCAUCCCUAUAGCCUGCCCCCGUUAACAUCCCAGACAGUAGGUGGGGGAGUUCAAAGUGCUGGAUUGAAAGUGCAACAACUUUAUAACGAUGAUCACGGAAAACACCAAAAACAUCACGUCGGAACAGCCGACGAAACGCGGUCCCUACCCAAUCCCCGUCCUAGCUCGAGUGCAGGCAGCAAUACGAGUAAUAAGGGGGGAUCAGCUGUAGGUAAAAGGAAUAGACUGACCCCAGAAACGGCUAUGAAGCAGUAUAUGACCAAACUGACCUCAUUUGAGCACCACGAAAUCUUCAAUUUCCCAAACAUCUUUUUUGUUGGUCCUAACGCGAAGAAAAGGCAAGGGGUCGUUGGGGGUGCAAAUAACAACGGUUACGACGAUGAACAGGGAUCUUACAUGCAGGUACCCCAUGACCACAUUUCCUACCGAUAUGAAGUGUUGAAGGUGAUUGGCAAAGGAAGCUUUGGCCAGGUGGUGAAAGUGUAUGAUCAUAAGGCACAUGAUCAUGUAGCCCUAAAAAUGGUUAGGAAUGAAAAGCGAUUCCACAGACAGGCACAAGAGGAAAUUCGUAUUCUGGAGCACCUUAAGAAGCAGGAUAAGGACAAUGCCUUUAACAUUGUACAUAUUUAUGAGCAUUUCGUAUUCAGAAAUCAUAUAUGUAUAACCUUUGAACUUCUCAGUAUGAACUUGUAUGAACUCAUCAAGAAAAACAAAUUCCAGGGAUUUAGCUUGCAACUUGUCCGCAAGUUUGCACACUCAAUAUUGCAAUGCUUAGAUGCAUUGUACAAGAACCGUAUCAUACACUGUGAUCUCAAACCAGAGAACAUUCUUCUCAAACAACAGGGCCGUAGCGGUAUAAAGGUAAUAGACUUUGGUUCAAGCUGUUAUGAACACCAGCGGAUCUAUACAUAUAUCCAAUCAAGGUUCUAUCGCGCACCAGAGGUGAUUCUAGGGGCCAAGUAUGGAAUGCCUAUUGAUAUGUGGAGUUUGGGUUGCAUUUUGGCAGAAUUACUAACCGGUUACCCACUAUUCCCUGGAGAAGAUGAGGGUGAUCAACUGGCCUGUAUCAUUGAAUUACAGAACAUGCCACCCCAAAAAUUUCUAGAUAGCGCUAAACGCUCUAGAAAUUUCAUCAGCUCUAAAGGAUACCCUCGUUACUGCACAGUCACAACUUUGCCAGAUGGUUCAACAACUUUACAGGGUGGAAGAUCAAGGCGAGGAAAAACGAGGGGAAAACCUGGGAGCAAAGAUUUUGUCACUGCACUAAAGGGAUGUGAUGAUUUAAUGUUCAUAGAUUUCCUGAAGCGUUGUUUAGACUGGGAGCCAUCUGCUAGAAUAACACCUAGUCAAGCCCUACGCCACCAAUGGCUGCGACGUAGAUUACCUAAACCACCACCCCAAAAUGAUACCAGAUCAGAUUCUGCAUCGCGUCGGAAAUCCACUGCCAACACUAGUGCAGUGUACCCAGGUAGUAAGCUGGCCAGUGGAAGCUCCAGUAGAGGAAAGACAGGUGCUCCUGUAUCCUUAGUAGAAACUGAGAUAGCGCGAACAAAACUGCCACAAAUACCAACCUUAUAGGGAUUAUUGUUGUGUGAUUACUCAAAUGCAAGACAUACUCUCCAUGCCGUCCAAUGGAUAAUGAUGAGAAUUCUUCAAAAGUGAUCAUAUGAUAUUGUACACGUGUAUUUGAAUGAUGUGUUGUAUUUUAUCCUGUCCAAUAUUACUUCUUAUUUACACAAAAUGUGGUGGAAUGAUGUUCUGUGAAGUUAUUAUACAACAUAAAAGCCAAAUCUUUGUUCUAUGUGGAAUACAGAUGCAACGACACCUUAAGUUUAGGGAUGGCUGCUUAGAUUUGAGGAAUGUACUGGAUUGUGUAAGAAAAGGGAGAUAAUACAUGCACACCAUGGAACAUAUAAACUGAAACGGAUUGUAAUGUGUACUUGUGCAGUAUAGGGCUAGGCAGUCAGGAGUUACAGUUUGCAUGUUGGUUUUGAAAUGCAUUCUGCAAGGUUAAAAUGCCUUUCUAUUCAAGGAAAAUUCUAUAACCAGCAUGGCAGAGAAAAGUUUACAUAUACAUUUUGUGCUACUGUUCUAUACCACCAAAUUUUGUGGACAAGAAAUUGCACAAGAUCCUUGUGCAUUACAAUUUGAGCAUCACUGUGAUGGAAUUUUUUACAAUGUGUUUUCUAAGUCGUUUUAAUCCCCUUUUUGAGAGAGAGCGAGAGCGAAUAUUCUGAUUUUCUGUUAGAUUAUAUUAUUAUUCACCAUUUGUACUGUCAUUGUUACAGUAUUAUAAGUAUUCCAUCUGCAAUAACUGGGAUAUCAUAUCGAUACAUAAGUGUAGCUUUAUCAUUUCCACUUAUGAGCAGAAGCAACAAAACCAUUCUGAUGCAUAUUUCUGAUUUUCCCCCCUUUCAUUUUUUUCUGCUUAAAUUUUGCCAGCAAUGAAAUAUAAAAGUUAUGUUGGCAGUGUUUUUUGUAUAGUGAAAUCUCUAUAUAUGUCAUUUAUGGUUAGUAAGUACCUUACUUUAUAGUUCAUAGUGAAGCUGAUUUUUUUUCCACAUGAGUUCAAGUAUCCAUUUUAUGUUGUGCCUUUUUAAGAUGUUUUACUGAAAGUCAGCUUAUUACCUCAUAUUUCUGAUUCAUACAAGAUUUUGAAUGCAAGAUUUUAGAUAGCAGUUCAGUUUUUGUGGAUAUGCACAAUAUUUAAAAUUGAUGUUGCAGAAAUUAGAAUUGUUGGCUUUGAAAGCAUUGAUUUAUAUUUUUUCAUUAUAUUACUUAGGCAUUUCUUGUUUGAAUAUAUACAAUCAACCACUCAAAAUGUUCCAAACCUUGAAAUCGCCUACCGUUGAUAUGCUAACCCGUGCAAAUUGAUGUGCUGGUAUCUUGUUUUGUGUUUUCAUUUUUUUUUUUCUGAUUUCUUAUAACUUGAAAGAAUUAAUUAAUUCAAGUCGCUGUAGACAAAACAGAAAGUUUUUACCAACUUUUUCCUUAGAAUUAGAAAGAUUGCAGUUGAUUAUUUUCAGAAGGGGGAAAGUUUGGAAUGUGAACUAGCUGUACUUUGUUAGUUUUGUCUUUGUUGCCCACAAUGUGUGUUAAUUUAUGUUAAGAAGCUGCACACCAUUUCUCUGCCUUUGAAUGUUGAUAAGAUAAGCCUGCUGUUAGUGUAACAUAUAUUUCCUUGAUUAAUGUGCCAUCUACUAUUUAUUAUCUGUAAUGUGCUUAUAACAAAGUUUGCUCCUUAAAAGUGAAUAUUUUUUACCAAACUGUUUCAGUUAGUUUGUAAAAUUAUAUUUUUUUCAAAAAAAUAUUACAAUGUAAUAAUAUGAUUUUAGUAUAAUAAAAUGUUUAAUAUUAAAUGAGUGAUGAGUAUUGUAGAAAAUAUUUAAGAGAGCUUGUUUUUUAAAAAUCAAACUUUCUAAUCUAAUCGGGUUUUUUUACCUAGACAUCAAAACAUUCAUUUGCAAAUCCAAAUCACAAACUUCUGCUGUUUGAUGUUAUUAAGUGAUAACACUAAAUUGGAAGUUGGAGAAUCUUUGAACCAGGGGUAGACUAGUACUAUUGUGCUUUUGUAGGAAACUCAACCAAAGGACAUUUGUAAUGUUUUUUUCUGCAUGCAUGAAUAAGGCUCACUGCUGGAAUUAACUGGGGGUUACCAGGGUUGGAUGGGGUAUACUUUCAUGACAGUUGUGGCAUAUUUUUUGUUAGUGAUAGAUACUAAGGGACAUCUCUUAGUGUGUGCAAAAAUUUUAUACUUUUAUCAUAAAUGACAAUAUCCUGAAUUUUUAUGUAUACAUGUACAUAUUGGUGUAAUGAAAUUAGAGAACUGCUUUGUGUUAAAUUAGUUGAUAAGACAUGCACAUCAUGGGAAAAACAAUGGGACAUCUAUAAAUAGAUAUAUACAGCAUCCAUUAUUUCCAAAGGCAGCAUUUUUAUCUCUCUCUCCCCCCCCCCCCCCCCCCCCCCCCCCCCCCUUUUUUUUUUCUUUUCUUUUUCUUUUUAGUAGGACUUUAAUUUGCUGAUUGGAAUUUCUAUCUAAUAUUAUGCACUAGGCUGUGUAUGAAUACAUGAAGCAUAUGUAAUCAAUAGGAAAUUAAAUGAAGCAAAUCAAGACUUAAUCUGCAGUAUGGUUCAAUUUGUAUGGUGUACACAUAUAUAUGGAAAUUCUCUACUGAUGGUGGCAUUGCUUCAGUGAACAAUGAGAAUGGUUUGCUAAACAAAUAUCUUGUGUUUAUUAUGCUACUACUAAAGCCUCCAUCCUCCCACUCAUUGGAGUAGUAUAUCCAAACUGGAAGAAAACAAUAGGGCAAAUCUUGAGUUAUGUCACUGCAAUACAGCUAAGAGGGAAAUAAUCAAUGAAUGUGAUCAAUGUACAUCAGGAAACUGCUGGUGCUACAACUGUAACAGAGACCAAGCAUGGUACCAAUAUUACAAAUCUCCUGUGCCUAGUCUGGUACAAUCUCUAGCCAAAUCUUGCAUACGUAGCGUGUCUAAUCUUUUUCACAGUGGAAAACAUUCACUAAAUUUUGGAUUGUUAUAAAAGUUAAGUUUUAACGAUUAUAAAUACUAGUGCUUUUCAACCAAGAUUUGCAUUCAGUUUUAGUUGAAGAAAAAAAAAUCCUUUUUAAAAAAUUUAUUAACUUUGAACAGUUACUUUUAUAAUGAAUUGCUGUAUGUUUGUUAUUAUCAAGGUUGUUUUUCUAUGCUGAAUUUUAUUUUCGACAGGAUUUUGGAAUAAGGAAACAAUGUAAAUGUGGGAUCUUUUAUUUAAAAAAUGAAAUAUGAGACAGUAUACAAGCUUUAAAAGCUUUGCUCAAGGAUCAAAUUUAAUUUUUACCAUUUAUGUGAACUAGCUAUACUGUACAAUCUGAUAUUCUUGCACACAGUACUCUCAAUGAAUUGGUUUGUGAUCGAACAAUAUGUUUGUAUAGAUAAUGAGUUCUCACUAUUAAUGAUUUUCAUUCUUUCAUACCUACAAUAGAAGAGCUCACUCUGCAAGAAAAUCAUAAAUAUAUCAUUGUUUUAACUUGAGCAUAAUAUGUUGUUUUGAUCUUUCAUUAAUAAUGCAUCAUUGUAUUGGAUUUAAAUUUACUUUCUACAUGUAUAUGCAUUAUCAAUGCUCCAUGAAACUAUCGGAUUAUUAAAAUAGUUUAAGCAUUUUAUGAUACAAUCUUGGGGAUUCCAUUAUUUGUAGAUCACUGUUUGUAAAUUUUCUUUUCCUGAAGUUAUUCAUGAAUUCAAGAUUUCUGAUGAAUUGGUACACAUAUUUUUCAAGUACUGUAUGAAAAAUGAUCAAACCUGAAUGGUUGUGAAUUCAAAUUAAGACAAAAUCUUGUGUAAAUUAAAAUAAAAAAUUUAAAAGUUUUAGCUAUAAUUUAUUAUUAAUUGUGAACAAAUUCAUUGUAUUUGUAAUUAUAUCAUGAUUUAUUUUUAUUCUUUUGUAUAAAUUUAUUACUGUAAUAUGAUUUUUAACCAUUACCACUGUUCUUUAAUAUUUUCAAUUUUUGUAUAUAACCGUUUCCCUGUCUUAUCAUCAUCAUUGUCCUCAGUCUUGCACAUUGUGCAAACAUUAUUAUAUUAUUAUACUCUUUAUCAUGUCUGCCAAGUUUCUGUACAGUUUUAAAACCAGAGAGAAUGUGAUAGCUUGCAUUUUAAAAAUGCAGCUUUAUGUAGAAAAUCUCUUCAAAAGAUUUAUACAGAUAUGAACUUCUUAACCCACUGACAAGUUUUAUUACAAAAAUAGACUGUAUCAAUUAUUUUUAACUGAAGUGUAAUUGAACAAUGUAUAUUAAAGAUGACACAGGUUCCAUGUGA